AUGCCUAAAGGGUGCCGGCUGAGGCUGGCGAAAGCCUGCCGAGACCAGAAGACUUUGGCCUCUGGUUUCCUGCUUGGAAGCCUGGUGUUGGCCUCCUGCCUGCCUUUGGUGCUGACGUCACCCAACACACUGGCCAUCCCUAAGAAGCUGCGAGAAGCUGUGGGGAAAGUGGUCGUCCAUGCCACCGCCUGCACUGUCACCUGUGGCCUCGGCUACAAGGAGGAGACUGUGUGUGAGGUGGGCCCCGACGGAGUGAGAAGGAAGUGUGAAUCGCAGCGCUUGGAGUGUCUGACCAACUGGAUCUGCGGGAUGCUCCACUUCACCCUGCUCGUCGGCCAGCACUUGGAGCUCAGCUGCCUGAGCCCGGAGAUCCUGGAGGUCGGGCAGGAAGCUUUCCGGUUCACCUGGAGACUUGCUCGGGGUAUCAUCUCAACUAACGAUGAGGUCUUCAGACCCUUCCAAGCCCGUUCCUACUUUGUGAGGUUUUUAUCUGCCCAGGAGUACGACUCUGGGACUUACCGCUGUGAUGUUCAGCUGUUAAGAAACUUGAAGCUCGUCAAGAGGCUGUAUUUUGGGCUGAGGGUCCUUCCUCCUAACUUGGUGAACCUGAAUUUCCAUCAGUCCCUUACUGAUGAUCAGAAAUUAGUGGCUGAGGGCCUGGAAGUCAGUCCGGGCAACCAUUCCAUGCCUCACCACCCACAGUGGAAAAAGAAGGUGGCGUUGGCCUUGGGCCUAGGAAUCUGCGGUGGAGUGGUUGGUGGGGUGUUGGUGAGCAUCGCCCUCUGCAGGGCGUUGAGGCACACCUCCAACCAGGACUGCUCCUGAAAGACUGACGGGAGCUCCU